AUGUCUUCCAAUGCGGCUUCAGACUCCCAGCCGUCCCCGGUCUCAUUGAACUUUCCUCCUGUUAACCAACCCCUACAAGCCCGGAAUGCCAAUCCCUACUUGCUUCGAACCGACAAUUAUCUGACCUGGGUCCGAGCUCUGAAAUCUGAUGCCAUCGCCAAGGGCUACAUGAAGUACUACGAAUCUGCCGCUGAGCCAAUCGCACCUUCUUUUGGGACCUACACUAGCUUUUCCUGGAAGCCAGAGGACCCAAAAACUUCAGACAAGGAACAACUUGCUGUGAUGGAUGAGAAUCUUGCCGCACUCAAGGCACAUCACGAUAAGUUCAUGGUCAGCAUGCGCAGUUAUCGUGACGAAAAGAGCCGACGUCUUCAAGCCAUCAAAUACCUGCGCAACCGACUUGAUAAGGGUGUUCUCGAUGAGUUCGAUUCUGUCAAGUACAAGAGCCCCCACGAUGCUUUCAAGUCUCUCAAGCGCUUCGACAUUGACCAGAAACACCGACAUCAAGUGGCGAAGCAUGAAUUGCAGCGUCUCUCUUGGGAUCACGACACACAAUCUCACUGGUUCAUUGGAGAAAUGCUGCGCAUCCAGGCCAAUGUUCGUGAAUACAAUCCGUCUGAAUCUUCCAACAUGUAUGCAGACAUGGUCAAGCAUUUGCUCGCGCAGCUUCCCCGAGAGAAGUACAGCUACAUCCAGGCCCGCCAGGAGGUUUUUACCAAGAAACAAGAUCCGAAGCAUGCUUUUGAUGCAUUGGUUAAUACCAUCAAUCUCAUCGAGGGUGGCGUGUCGGCAGACGAGAUCAAUCUCCCCGGCGUCGGCAAGAAGGGUCGUUGA